CUCAGACUGGAAGUGAACAACACUUGGUGUGGAGCUGGGCUGCCUGUUGCAUGCCAUGCCUGCGUUUUACCGGAUACUUCUCCUGUUAUCUGUGGCCAUGGCCUCUGUGGCAGCACGCAGAUCCCAGAGGACAAAAAGAGGGUUACUCGAGCUGGCCGGAGCCAUCAAAUGCAGCACAGGGAGAUCUGCCUUGGCUUACAUGAUAUACGGAUGCUACUGUGGCCUGGGUGGUCAAGGCUGGCCCAGAGACAGGGCGGACUGGUGUUGCCACAGGCAUGAUUGCUGUUAUGGAGAUGCAGAACUUCUUGGCUGCCAUACCAAAACAGACCGGUAUCUGUGGACUUGUGAGGAUAAGACAGCUGAGUGCGAUGAUUUGAAGGACAAAUGUGAAAAGCUGCUGUGCAAGUGUGACAGAGACGCGGCCAAAUGUUUGAGAAAAGCACCUUUCAUCCGAAAAUAUGCCCUAUGGCCAGAUUUUCUAUGUGGCUACGAACAACCAACGUGUAAUAUUUACUGAAACAAUAAAUGCAUCUCCAUG